CAAGGGAUUUUACUCUAAUGAAGUCUUGGUCUAACACUUAAAUACAAACCCGUUUUCCAUAGAAAAUCUUCCAGGAGGUACCUCUCCCCCUUGGCACAUCAUCCAAGUGAAUCAAAUCCAAUUCUUUUUUCUAAGAAAAAUAUAAAUUCCAACAUUUUAAAAUACAGAUGGCGUGAUUUUAGAAAAUUAUAAAACGGUAUUCGAUUAAAAGAAUUAAAAUAUUCGAAAGCUUUUGUAGAGAAGUGAAAAUUUCCGAUUUAAAGAUGGGAGAUUGUGAAUUUGGUAUAAAGAUUGAAGAGAAAGGCAAAGGCUCAGAAUCUGUAGAAAUCUUGAACGAAGAAAGAGUUAACGAGGAGGAAGCAAUUGGUAACAAUACUGCUGUCGUGAAAAUUUUUGAAAGAUUUGAUCCUGACAUCAGAAUGAAAGUUGAAGCUCUUCACAAAUUACAAGUGGAUUAUCUAAUCCAAGAGGCUAAAUUCUACGAAGAAGCUUGUAACUUGCAAAUUAAAUAUGCUUCUGUGUACGAAGAAUUAUAUAAAGAAAGAUUCAGAAUCAUAAAGGGAGAAAUAAACGAAAAAACUGUUUCGAACGACGAAACUGAUAAAUCUAAACAACAAAAUGGAAUACCCGAUUUCUGGUUGGGUGCAUUUUUGAAUUCAAACGUUUUGUAUAAAUUAAUCGAUGAUGACGAUGAAGCCGUCCUUCAGCAUCUGAAAGAUGUCAGAUUAAAAUACGAGCAAGAAAAUCCAUUGAAAUUUCGACUCGAAUUUCAUUUUGAACCUAACAAAUAUUUUUAUAAUACGAUCCUGACUAAGGAUUACGAAAUGGAAUGUAAGGUUGAUUGUAAAGAACCUUGCUCCUUCUCAGGACCAGAGAUUGUUAGAUGCAAAGGAUGCAAAAUCGAUUGGAAAGAAGGGAUGAAUAUUGUUUUAACCACCAUUAAGAAAAAAGUAACGAAUGAAUUCAGAUCGAUUCCCUUUUAUAUAACUAAACUCAUUCGAAAAGAAUCUUUCUUUAAUUUUUUCAAUCCUCCUCAGUCUGAAACACCGGAAACUAAUGAACAGUUACUAAAGGAUUUCGAGAUUGGACAGUAUUUUAAAGAGAAACUCAUACCAAACGCAAUUCUUUAUUACACAGGAGAAGUUGAGGAUAGUAGUGAUGAGGAUGAGGAUGAGGAUGACGAUGAUUCUUCUGAUGAAAGCCAUGAUGAAAAUUAUAGAAAUCAUCAACCAAGAUCUCGUAAGAGACAAAACUGAUGUACUUUUCAAAAUUAUUUUUGAAUAUUUAUAAUAAUUAAAUUUUUUUUCGUGUUGUUGUUAUUCAUAAAAUUCAGUAAAUAAAAUAUCUUUUCAACAUUCCAUGUUUGUCUG